AUGUGGGCGGCGGGACAAAGGCCCAUGGCUUCACCGCAACCCAUCUACGACCAAGGGCCCUCGGGAAGCUGGACAAGAAUGCUCUGGUGUCUCCGCAUGAUUCAUUGGGUCGUCCAUGCCAGAUCGGAGUUAGUUAUUCUCAGCGGCCGCCGCGACCAGCCCGUCGGGGAACUUGCCACUGGCUCCCCUGUUUUUCUUACAAUUAGCGUUGGUGGGUUUGCGUGCGGUCACCCCGUGGUCGACCACUUCCUAGUCGGCCUGACCUUUUGCCGCGUCGGGACGACGUACGACCCAAGACAAUACGCAAACGCAAACGAGCAUGACGGCGAGUGGAUCAUUGUCGCCGGCCGAUGGACAAGCGACAUGGGCGGGUCGGACGAUGGUCUUUCUUACUCGCACUUCCGAUACCUAGGUAGUCUGCGCAUCGGUGCAUUGGGGUCCCGCUUCACCGUUGGUAGCGUCAGAGACGGAGAUACUGCCUCAACUCAGUUGGCCAGCAAUGGCAGGGUCGUCAUUACCAGCCAUUACGGGUACAGAGUUACUGCUCCUCGCAGCUUCCAGCUCGGAAGCUGCACCAAAGCAAAAAAAGAAACGAGGUUUGUUGCUUCUCGGCCGGCCGAGGAGCCAACGUGCAACAAGCGCAACGGUCUUGUCCUUUGCUGGCAGAAGCGAGACACCAGCCAUAUCCUCCUUGCACUCGCGGAGAGUGGGCUGUGCAUGCAGAUAUGCAGGCCCGGGUUCCCCUCUCUUGUGGCCCGGGUUGGGAAUAAUCGGCGCCUUCUCACGCGUCCUGCCAAGAUGCGGGCAAUCUGUCUUGUGAUUGUCACUGGACCGUUGAAGAAGGGGCUUUAUACUUUAGUGCUCGUGCUACUCACGGGCCCCAUGUCGAUUGCCGCUAUGCCGAGCGAAUCGACGGAAAAAUACACCCGAAAGGAUUUCUGGCAGAAUCUCGGUCAAGUCUAG